AUGUCCCCGACAACACCGACGGACUACGACGCCUUCCCGCCCCUAACCCGCUCCUCCACCCUCCCGGCCGGCCUCAACGGCGCCUCCUCCGCGCUCAGCGGCAACACGUAUCUCCAAACACAAAAUCGAUCACACCUCGCGCCCGAAGAUGCGUUCCUAGCAACCUCUCCUCCCCGUCGGCCGGUCCCCUUCUUUCCCGACGGCAGCGUCGGCGCCGACCACCGCGCCGCCCGCGCCCGUCUCCGUCACAAUGCCGGCGGCAUCGACCCGCUCUCCGACAACGGUCAGCACCGUUCGCGGUCUCGUCGCAGCCGCAAGCGCACCUGGAAGAAGCUCAUGUGGGUGAAGCAGAGCUACCCGGACAACUACACCGACCAGGCCACCUUCCUCGAGAGCCUGCAGCGCAACCCCCGCCUGCAGCCGUACGAUUUCUGGCCCUUGGUCGCAGACUCUACCGUCAUCGUGCAGCACGUGUGCUCGGUGAUCGUCUUCAUCGUCUGCUUCGUGCUCAUCUUUCAAGAGCGCGUGUCGCCCGUGUCGAUCGUUUCCUGGGGGAGCCUGGCGACGGGGUUGGGGUGGCUGUUGUGGGAGCGCUGGGAGGCCGAUGAGGAGCAGAUGGCGGUCGAGCAGGGCGGGACCGGUGUCGUUGGAGCGGGUGGCGCGGCCGUGGGGAGGCGGGAGACGGUUAGCCGGAGGACGGGAAGCAUGCCGAGGCGCCCGCCGUCGCACGUCGAUGAGUCCUCCACGGCUACGACGGCCACGAGCUCGACCAGCAACUUGUCCGCCAGCGCCGAGCGGCUAGCGCGGCACUCCCACUCCGCGUCGGCGAGCUCGCUCAUCUCGACGACCUCGGCCACCUCGCAGACCCCCUACCGCCGACACAGCCAGGAAGUCGUGACGACGAGCAACAACCCGCUCCCGCGCCGGGCGUCCUUCCCGCUCCCCGGCGACGACGCGAGCCGCCUGCACCAGCGCGUCGGGACCGUCAAGAGCGCGAUCCUCAUCUAUUCCACCCUCCUCGGCCUGUCGCCCAUCCUGAAGUCCCUGACGCGCUCGACCUCGAGCGACAGCAUCUGGGCCAUGUCCUUCUGGCUGCUGGCCAUCAACAUCUUCUUCUUCGACUACUCGGGCGGCGUGCGCGUCAACAUCCCCGCCUCGCUCUCCACCAACGCCGCGCUGAUGGCCUCGACCGUGCUGGCGAGCCGGCUGCCCUCCACGGGCCAGGUGUUCAGCCUGACGCUGUUCAGCAUCGAGGUGUUUGGCCUGUUUCCCGUGUUCAGGAGGUACGCGCGCCAUCGGAGCUGGGGGUACCAUUAUGCCAUGACGGUCUUUCUCGUCCUCGGAGCCGGCGCUGGUGUGGGAAUCAUCCUCGGCGAUAACGGCGGCGGCUGUUGCUGGCCUUGGAAGAGUGCUGUCAUCGGCAUGGUCGUCAGCGUGCUCAUCGCCGCCAUCGCCAUGGGAGGGUGCAGUUGGUGGCUUAUUGGACUGCAAAAGUACAAGAACGAGAUCUACGGGCCGUGGGACCCGGCUCGGCCCAUCAUCAUGAGUCGACAGUUAUGGGACGACGGUUGA